AUGAGGGUUCCGCGGACCUUAAAAUGGCUGGACUCUCUGUCACAUCACAGAGCUGUGUGCGACGGCACGUUCGUGCCCGCAGCUGCUGGUUCUGUUAUACCACAUACAUACACCUGCUCACUGGAGACUGAAAAGGUUAACUACAAUAUAAUGAGCGUUGAACGGCACUUGGACGGCAAGGUUGAGCUAGUGACAGGUUCCACCAGUGGGAUUGGGCUUGCCAUUGCCCACGUUUUGGCAAAGACGGGCGCCAGCAUCAUCCUGACAGGCUUCGGUGACGAGCAACUGACCAGUAAACUGAAGGAGGAUUUCUCCAGCAAAUAUAAGUGUCGAGUUGAUUACAUUGCGACAGACCUCAGUAAGGUUGCAGACAUCAAUGAGCUGUUCACCAGUGUCAUCAAGUUAUAUCCAGAGGGCGUGGACGUUCUAAUUAAUAAUGCAGGAUACAAUCACGUCUGCCUUGUUGAGGAAUACCCUGAGGAGAAAUGGGACGACAUGGUGGCAGUCAUGCUGUCAGCUCCUUUUCACCUCUGCAAAAGGUUUAUACCACUCAUGAAGAAAAAGGGCUGUGGGCGCAUCGUCAUCACUUCUUCUGUGCACGGUAUGAUAUCGACAGCAGGGAAAGCUGUGUACAGCGCAGUUAAACAUGGCGUUGUGGGAUUGGGUAUUGCGCUGGAGGUAGUUGAAUACGGCAUCACAUGUAAUACUAUAUGUCCAGGGUUUGUAGAAACAGCUGUGACACAAACACAGAUAGCACAGCUUGCAAAGGACAACGGGAUUUCUUAUGAGCAGGCCAAA